AUGGCCAAGAACCUCUCUUUCGUCCUUGAGAAGCCCGGCAGCGUCAAGUACGAGGACCGCCCUGUCCCGGAACUCAAGUCUGAGCACGACGUCAUCGUCAAUGUCAAGUACACCGGAAUCUGCGGCAGCGAUGUCCACUACUGGGUCGAGGGGCGGAUCGGCAACUUUGUGGUGGAGAAGCCAAUGGUGCUGGGGCACGAGUCGGCGGGGGUGAUCCACAGCGUGGGGAGCGCGGUGAAGACGCUGAAGCCCGGUGACGAGGUCGCGAUGGAGCCGGGCAUUCCGUGCCGCCGUUGCGGUUUCUGCCGCGCAGGCGACUACAACCUUUGCCCGGACAUGGCGUUCGCGGCCACGCCGCCUUAUGACGGCUCUCUCGCAAAGUACUACAGCUUGCCCGAGGACUUCUGCUACAAGCUGCCGAAGGGAGUGAGCUUGGAGGAGGGUGCGCUCGUGGAGCCGGCGAGCGUUGCUGUGCACAUCUGCCGCAUGGCGCAGGUCAAGCCCGGCGCGUCGGUCGUCGUGUUUGGCGCGGGUCCCAUCGGUCUGCUGUGCUGCAAGGUCGCGCGCGACGUCUUUGGCGCUGCGAAGACUGUAUCUGUCGAUGUCAACGAGGACCGCCUCCAGUUCGCCCAGGGCUACUCUGCCACCCACGUCUUCCGCAGCCAGAAGGCAUCGCCGGAGGAGAACGCGGCCCGCAUGAUCCAGGAGUGCGAACUCGGUCCCGGUGCGGACGUCGUCAUCGAUGCUACGGGCGCUGAGCCCUGCAUCCAGAUGGCUGUGCAUGUCGCUCGCGCCGGUGGUCACUUCACCCAGGGCGGUAUGGGCAAGCCCGACAUUACGUUCCCCAUUGUCGCCAUGUGCGCCAAGGAACUCACCAUCACGGGCAGCUUCCGCUACAGUGCCGGCGAUUACGCACUCGCGGUGCAGAUGAUUGGUCUGGGCCGUCUCAGCGUCAAGGAGCUUAUCACCAAGAAGGUCAAGUUUGAGGACGCCGAGGAGGCCUUUUCCAACGUCAAGCAGGGCAAGGGCAUCAAGUGGCUCAUUGCUGGGCCCGAGUAA